GCUCAUAAUAAAUGUCCUGGUCCUCUCUCUCCUUUCUUGUACACAACCUUAUACCCCCGGCCCCUUAAUAAUUUGCUGUUACUGUGGCAUUGGAGAAAAACAAUGGGUGCUAAGGUCUUGCGCACGCUCAACAAGAUGAGACUGGAAUAGUUUCCAGGAGGUGUAUUGAUUUUCCAUCUAGCGUUUACUAGUUGACCCGAGACUGCGUCGACUCUCGCGUGGAUGUGUGGAACACAAGUCGCAGAACGGCCUAUAUACUGCAAUAAUAGCGACCUAACCUAGUUGCUACACUAUCACGAAAAACUUGCAAGCAAUUUUUAAGGAACCGAAGGAGAAGAAGGUUGUUGUUUGCCUUUCUUUGGGGGGUUUUGGCUGAAAUAAUGGAAGGAGAAAGGGGAGUCUCAAAUUAUGAGAUACAAGUUUCGUUCUCAACCACACAGGCGAUCCACGAAAUGGGGUUUGUACAGUAUGAAGAAAACCAGAUGAUGAGUUUCAUGGCUCCGGCGCAGUCUUCUCAUCAUCAUCAUCAUCAUCAAACAUCUCAGCCUCUCAAUAACGCCACGAUUGGUAACAGUAGCACCACCAAUUCCACCACUACCGUGGCGUUUGGUCUUAACAACCAGGUAGGGAGGACCUUGGAUCCCAAAGCUGUAGAGGGCGAGAAUUACUCCAGUAACAUCAACGAUAGGAAUAAUAAUUCAUGGUGGAGGAGGUCAGCCUCAGAGAAGGGUAAUUUGAAUAAUAAGGUAAGGAGAAAGCUAAGAGAACCAAGGUUUUGUUUCCAAACGAGGAGCGAUGUGGAUGUGCUAGACGACGGCUACAAGUGGAGAAAAUAUGGGCAGAAGGUUGUCAAAAACAGCCUUCAUCCAAGGAGUUAUUAUCGGUGUACGCAGAAUAAUUGCAGAGUGAAGAAGAGGGUUGAAAGAUUGUCGGAGGAUUGUCGAAUGGUGAUUACUACUUACGAAGGCAGGCACAACCACUCUCCCUCUCAUGAUUCUAAUUCUUCUGACCAUCAACCCUUUUCCUCUUUCUAAUUCAUCUUUUGCAUACACAAGUACGAUAUGGUUUUGUUUAGUUGGUUUAUCUUAGUGGUUUAGAUCAGUAAAUUUAUAGCUUCAGUCCUUAUUUUCAAGUUUCACUCUCCUUUCUUGAGAACAAUAUUGUAAAUAUUUUAUAAACAUUUGAAAAAAUAUUAUUUUUCAGACAUAAAAGAUAUUUUAAUCUUAAAAGAA